UCCUUUCUUUACAGUUAAAACCUACAAAGUGAACAAAUCUCCAGUCCUUUACACCACAACCACAUCGACUCCCCAUAACUUACACUAAAUCAAUCAAAAAAGAAACAAAGUAAUCAACACACAUAUAUAUUUUUAACUUUGGUUGUGUUAUGAAGCAUUUUUGCAAAAAUAGAUUCACGCAAGCGUAAAAGGCUCAUACAGACCACAAUGAAGGAGAUGGUCGGCGGCUGUUGUGUAUGUUCAGAUGAGCGUGGUUGGCCCGAAAAUCCGCUCGUAUAUUGUGAUGGCCAAAAUUGUACCGUUGCUGUGCAUCAAGCUUGUUAUGGCAUCGUAACCGUGCCCACGGGUCCAUGGUUUUGCCGAAAGUGUGAAAGUCAAGAGCGUUCAACGCGUGUCCGUUGUGAGUUGUGUCCCUCGCGAGAUGGAGCACUUAAGAAAACAGAUAAUCAAGGAUGGGCUCAUGUGGUCUGUGCUUUGUAUAUACCGGAGGUUAGAUUUGGUAAUGUUACGACUAUGGAACCCAUUAUACUGCAAUUGAUACCUCAGGAGAGGUAUGGCAAAAAUUGUUAUAUAUGUCAGGAAUUGGGUAAACCACAUCGCGCCACUGUCGGCGCCUGUAUGCAGUGCAAUAAAUCUAAUUGUAAGCAACAAUUCCAUGUCACGUGUGCUCAAAGUUUGGGCUUGCUUUGUGAGGAGGCUGGCAAUUAUUUGGAUAAUGUAAAAUAUUGUGGCUACUGUCAGCAUCACUAUAGCAAAUUGAAAAAAGGAGGUAAUGUUAAGACUAUACCACCCUAUAAACCAAUUGCACAUGAUACUUCCUCUGAUUCGGGUUCAUCACCAGAAAAGGAAAUCGAUUCAACCAUGAGCACUACGGCAUCUUCUACAUCGGCUACCAGCAUUAAAAUCACUACAAAUCUAACGUCAUCGACAUCGUCGUCGUCGAAACAACGAAAAUCUUCGAAUGCCACAAAACAGUCUUCAUCGUCAUCUAGUACGAAUAUGAAUGCGAGUAAUCUAUCCUCAUCCACUUCACUACAUAAUCUUAGUAAUGCAGGAGCAUCAGGUUAG